CUCCGAUGAUGAGCUGUGGUUUGUGUGUGUGUUAGUGUGCCGGCCGUGAUGACGACAGAGGUGGGAUCAGAGAGCAACGUGAAGAAGGAAGCGGAGAAGGCUCCUGAAGUCCAGCAGCAGACAAACCAGCCCGACAAACCCGACCCGGCCAGUGCUGAGCAGACACAGGAGGAGAGCCCGAGCACCGAGGCUGAGAGCGGUCAGGAAGCGGCUGCGUCUCCGGAGCCCAGCAGUCCUCCUCCUGCUGCCGGCGGCCAGAAGAAAGAGAAGGGCAUCUCCCGCUUCCUGCCUCCAUGGCUUAAACGACAGAAAUCACAGAGCCAGGACAAGCCCAGCGAGAGCUCAGUGCCGCCCAAGCAGGAGAGCGUGGAGGCCGUGAAGGAGGAGCAGGAGGAGACGAGCCAGCCGAAAGAGGAGGCGGACGGAGGAGGCGCAGGGACCGCCAGCACAGAGCAGACAGAGGAGGUGAAGGAGGUGAGAGAGGAGAGCACAGCAGAGGAGGUGCAGCCGGAGGAGAAGGAGACAGAGGAGGAGAAGUCUAUCGGCAGUGCUGACACACAGCCUGUGAGAGAGGAGAAAGAGGGCGAAUCGGAGGUGAAGCAGGAGAAAGAGGAGACGACGAAGGAGGAAGAGCAAGUGAUCCCGCACGAGGCGAGUGUGCUGUCAGCACUCAAAGUCAACAAGAAGAUGAAGAUGGUGGUGUGUCACGUGACCCUGCUGGAUGGCAGCCAGUUCUCCUGUGAGGUGGAGAAACGGGCGAAAGGCCAUUACCUGUUUUUUCAGGUCUGCGAGCAGCUGAAUCUGUUGGAGAAGGAUUACUUCGGCCUGAGCUUUAAAGACAACGCUGAGCAGAGGUGCUGGCUGGACCCCACCAAGGAAAUCAAGCGGCAGAUCCGCAACUCUCAGUGGCAGUUUGCGUUCAGUGUGAAGUUUUACCCUCCGGACCCGUCCCAGCUGACUGAGGACAUCACGAGGUAUCUGCUGUGCCUCCAGCUGAGGCAGGACAUCGCGUCGGGACGGCUGCCAUGCUCCUUCGUCACACACGCUCUCCUGGGCUCCUACACCCUGCAGGCAGAGCUCGGGGACCACGACCCCGAGGAGCAUCGUCUGGACUACAUCUCAGACUUCCAGUUCGCCCCAAACCAGACCAAGGAGCUGGAGGAGAAGGUGGUGGAGCUGCACAAGUCCCACAGGGGAAUGACUCCAGCCCAAUCAGAUGCCCAGUUUCUGGAAAAUGCCAAGAAGCUGUCCAUGUACGGUGUAGACCUACAUCACGCCAAGGACUCUGAGGGAGUGGAUAUCAUGCUGGGAGUGUGUGCAAACGGUUUGUUAAUCUAUAAGGAUCGUCUGCGGAUAAACCGCUUUGCUUGGCCCAAAAUCCUCAAGAUCUCUUACAAACGCAGUAACUUCUACAUCAAGAUCAGGCCGGGAGAGGCCGAGCAGUUUGAGAGCACCGUCGGCUUCAAGCUGCCCAACCACCGGGCCGCCAAAAGAGUUUGGAAAGUCUGUGUUGAACACCACACCUUCUUCAGGUUGGUUUCUCCUGAACAGCCCACCAAGACCAAGUUCCUGACUCUGGGCUCUAAGUUCCGCUACAGCGGCAGAACGCAGGCGCAGACGCGACAGGCCAGCACCCUCAUCGACCGGCCCACGCCCUACUUCCAGCGCACCUCCAGCAAACGCAUCUCUCGCAGUCUUGAUGGAGCUCCUGUGGUGAACGUGAGUGAUUACAGUCAAGCUGCAGGUGCUGGAGAAAACGGCCCGGCUCUGGAGCUCAGCUCCGACUCUAAGAGUCCACAGGUGGAGGUCAUGGAGAAGCCAAACGCGGAUGCAGCCACAUCCAUCAGCUCUGAAACGGCCUUUGAGACGGAUGGCGCUGGCGCUCCUGAGAGAAAGAGCAAGUUGAGAGUGCAGGGGGAAAAUAUAUAUGUCAGACAUAGCAAUUUAAUGUUGGAGGACUUGGAUAAGACCCAGGAGGAUGUGUUGAAGCAUCAGGCUAGCAUUAGUGAGCUAAAGCGCAGUUUUAUGGAGGCUACGCCCGAUCCCAGGCCCAGUCAGUGGGACAAGCGCCUGACGGGCAGCCCUGCCACCUCCCUGCGCCUGCAGGCUCAAGGGGUUCCACAGAAAACCCCUCCCUGUCCUGAGACGGACAUCAGAGACGCCAGCAAGAGCGCAGAGGUCAAACCCGAAGUCAACGGCCAGCCAGAGGUCAUAGAGGUCAUGGAAGAGACCGUUGUCAUCGAGGAAGUCAUCAAAGCCAAACCCAAAAGCCCCGCUCCUGAGGCAUCGUUUACCGCGGAGACAGAGUGCGCUGCGGAGGUCAAGGAGGAGAGGAGUUUAUCGUCAGACAGCGAGAGCGAAGAGGAGGCGGAGUACCACGCUCAGCCACCCAGCACGAGCAUCUCCACCCAGCAGAUCAAAGAAGAGCCCGAGGAGGAACAGGAGGCGGUGCUUACUCAACAAGCCCCGCCCUCUGGGGUAGAGUCACAGCCAAUCACAGAAGCAGCUGAGCCCGGCCCUGCGGCGGAGGAAGAGAAAGCAGCGCAGCCUCAUGAGAAAGAGCGUACAGACGAGCCGCUGGCGACACCGGACGAAGCUCCCAACGGACACGCCCUCCAAGCUGAAGCCCCGCCCACUCUCAGAACUGCGGCCGCCGAGAAGGAGGAGCCUCACAUCGUCAACGGCAGCGCCUCUCGCGUCGAAACAGAGCACCUGCCGCAGGUUAUUUGUUAUUCGGAGCCUCCUGUUGUGAAGACUGAGAUGGUUACGAUCUCAGACACAUUUGCUGCUCAGAAGACGGAGAUAUCCACUAAGGAGGUCCCCAUCGUUCACACGGAAACCAAGACCAUCACGUACGAGGCCGCCCAGCUGGAUGGUAAUGGAGACGGGGAGCCAGGCGUGCUCAUGACGGCUCAAACCAUCACCUCCGAAUCACUCUGCACCACCACCACCACACACAUCACGAAGACACUAAAGGGCGGGCUGUCAGAAACUCGCAUUGAGAAGCGCAUCGUCAUCACGGGAGACUCUGACAUUGAUCACGAUCAGGCAUUGGCCCAGGCUAUAAAGGAGGCCAAAGAGCAGCACCCUGACAUGUCCGUCACUCGCGUGGUGGUCCACAAAGAGACGGAGCUCGCCGAGGACGAGGACUGAAGGACAGAGCUGAAGUCCAGCGCGCUCCUCCACGGCUCAGAGUUCAUCCCUUCAUCCGGAGGAGAGAAGAGCAGCUCUGAUCCUGUACAGAAACACAUCUUCAUCUUCUGUCUUUCACAACCAGAACCACUUAGCUAACAUUUGUAGCAUUUUAUUUUUUUAGUCUUCGUUUUAUCUCUUUCCCUCAAAAGAUCGUCUUUACCAUUUAUGAAGACCAGAUUGAUGUUAUUUUUAUUGUUAAUUAGUCAUUCACAUUCCUAGUUCAUGAGGAGGAGUAAUGGAUCACGUUGUGAUGGAGUCCUUUGUAAUAAUAAUAAUAAUAGGAGGAGCAUGUGAGCAUAUGAAGGCGAUGUUGAGGGGUGGGGUUAUGAUGGGGGCGGAGCUAAAGAUGGGUGGGCUUUCCUGAUGUCACGUGUGUUUGUAAGGGACCAGCACAGGACAGUGGCACUGUGUGAUUUUCAUUGGUGGACGGCAAUCAUUCCUCUAUGCAGUCAAAACCUCAAACAUUCCACCGAGGAGAGGACGAGCGGCGUUACCUCUCUCAGCAACAAGACGAAAUGCAAAAACUCCAUUCAACAUGAAACCUAGGCAGCUCUUUGGGAACUUUUUCAUUUUCUGGCACCAAUAUUCAGAUAUAUAUAUUUGAAGAAACCUGUUUUUCUUUGUUUUAAAUCUGAUGAUUUUGGAGGUCGCUCCGUUUGCCCUUUUAAAUCUUUUUAAUCUGUUUGAGAUACUUGUGAUUAAAUGAACAAAUGAGAUUGAACUGCCAGUGCUGAUGUUUUUAGCGGUCGAGCGAGGCCCGUGCUCCCUGCUCUCUCUCUCUCUCUCUCUCUCUCUCUCUCUCUCUCUCCCAUCUGCUCCAUCAGCCCUGUGUAUAGCAGUUAAUGGUAGAAUUGACUCUGUUCUUUUUUUUAAGCAGCUU